AUGUUUUCAUGCCUUUUAUCUAUGCUUUUUCUUUCCAAUUUUAUUUUGCUAUCUUCUAAGUAUUUUCCUGCUUAUAUCCAUUUCAUUCUGUUAAUAUCUAUCCAUCCAUCUCAAUCUGUUCAUAUCUAUCUAUCUGUUCAUAUCUAUCUAUCUAUCUGGCUCAAUCUUUCAUCUGUCACUAAUCUUGUCUCUCUUCCUUUUAUUUUUCUUGUGUCUCUCUCUGUUUCCCUUCUUGUUGCUCCUUUUUUUCCUCCUCUUUUUCUUUCUCUUCUUUUAUUCUUUUACAUGUUUCCAGAAUAUUCUCUUCCACAAACUGUAGUCAAAAAUACAAACAAACAAACAAACACUCACUCACUCUAUCUAUCUAUAUAUCUAUCUAUCUAUCUCAGACCAUAUCUGCCCCAAGUGAUUCAUAUCUACCCAGGCCAUUAUCUAUCUAUCUAUCUAUCAGCUGGUCAAGUUGAACUUCCAAGCCUUGAUUCAGCUUCAGGUGUAAUUUGA